AUGAGCUCAGCAUAUGCAGAAAUUGUGAAAGGACUGAGCGACAAUGACGUUUUGGAGCUUUUUCCCGAAGUGAUUCCGUUGAAAAAGAGGCCUAAUACGCAUUCGAGCGAUUCUUCAGCAGAAGACGCUAAGGAUAAGGUGUUCUUUGGUCAUGACGAUGAGCAGAUUAGAUUGAUGAACGAGAACUGCAUUGUUUUAGAUUGGAACGAUGAAGCGAUUGGUGCCGGAACGAAGAAAUUGUGUCAUUUGAUGAGUAACAUUGAAAAGGGUUUGCUUCACCGUGCUUUCUCUGUGUUUCUGUUUAACGAACGCGGAGAGCUGUUACUGCAGCAGCGUGCAUCGGAGAAGAUCACGUUCCCCGACUUAUGGACCAACACCUGCUGCUCGCACCCGCUAUGUGUGGACGAUGAGCUGGGCGUGGAUGGAAGUCUUGCGGAGAAAGUUCAAGGCGCUAUCAAUGCGGCUGUGAGGAAACUGGAGCAUGAGCUGGGGAUCCCACAGUCAGAGACGCGGACCAGGGGUCGCUUCCACUUCCUGAACAGAAUCCAUUACAUGGCGCCAAGUAACGAACCUUGGGGCGAACACGAAAUAGACUACAUCCUGUUCUACAGGCUCUGCAAGGGCCAGGAGCUAAGUGUCGCCCCAAACGUGAAUGAGGUGAGGGACUCCAAAUGGGUCAGCGCGGAGCAGCUGAAGCAGAUGUUUAGCGACCCAAACCUAAAAUUCACUCCAUGGUUCAAGCUCAUCUGUGAGAGCUACCUAUUUCAAUGGUGGGAGCAGCUCAGCGAUUUAUCCAAAGUAGAGAACGAUCCCCGUAUUCACAGAAUGCUAUAA